AUCUAAUGACAGCGGAGGCCAUCAUCUUUAUUCGGUUGAGUGUUGUUUUUUCACCAGCGAGAAAUUUAUUCAAUGAGUAAAUUUUCUUGGAAAAAUAUCCACAUUUCCGGCGAACUUGUGCAUUUCAAUUUUACUCUUGUUUCUCGUGUCUUUCGGAUGUCUUCCAGUACGUUUUAUCGUGAAAAGUUGUGAAAACGAAAAGCCAAAUCUACGAAUAAAAAAAAAGUGUCUGCAUUUGUGCUGUGAUGGAUGACCCUGUUUCUCAACCAAAGUUGGUGUUUUCGUGAAUUUUCAUCUAUUCUUUUGUUUCCUAAAGCAGCUGGUAGAAACUAGACUUCUUCGUCUGCAAAAUGCAGUUUUUGAUUUGCUCAAAGAUGUUGCGUAUAAGCAAAUGGGGGAUCAGAAUCGAACAAUAUUGAUUGCCUCAUAAUGGCGUUUCGCUAAGGCCAAAUUGCGAAGCGAAAGGGAAGAAGUGAAACGAUUUUUCAUCAAAGUGGAGUUAUGAAAUUAACGGAACUCCAGUGAGGCUGUGAUGUGCUUGUGGUGUAUUUCCUUGUAUUGCAUCCACCCCGAACGUGAUUAGUGGUGAACGUUGCUGGUUCCGUUCUUCGGUUGUCUCUAGAGGUGUUUAGAUAGUUUCGCUUCGGUGGUGUCCAUUGUUGCAUUCCAGACGAGCGGGUCGGAUCUUAUUCCAAUGUGUCAGCAUUCCGGUUUCCGGAGUAAGGUCAGAAAAGCUGGAACCGACUGACAUUGGUUUGUGGGAAAUGUCCUCGUCGGCUGGACAUCAUCAUCUAACAACGCUCCAGGUGGGCAGCAGUAGUUCCACCGGUAGUAACGUUACCAUCAGCAACACCCGAUCCAUGCUAGCGGUCAACCUCGAGGCGGCCGCAAUGGCAAACGAUCCGCUGCGGGAUCUUUUCGAAGCAUGCAAAACUGGCGAUCUGGUUAAAGUGAAAAAACUGAUUACAUCGCAGACGGUCAACGCACGGGACACUGCUGGAAGGAAAUCAACCCCCCUGCACUUUGCGGCUGGUUAUGGACGUCGAGAUGUGGUCGAGUUUCUACUAACCAAUGGCGCAUCGAUUCAAGCCCGUGACGACGGUGGGCUUCAUCCACUGCACAACGCCUGUUCAUUUGGACAUGCUGAUGUCGUACGUCUUUUGCUGGAAGCCGGCGCAAAUCCAAACACUAGAGACAACUGGAACUACACUCCUUUGCACGAGGCAGCAAGCAAAGGAAAAGUAGAUGUUUGUAUUGCUCUGCUACAACACGGAGCAGAUCCGAACAUAAGAAAUUCCGAGAAUAAAAUUCCACUAGAUUUGGCCGACUCCUGCACAAGGCCCGUACUGACUGGUGAGUACAGAAAAGAUGAACUUCUGGAAGCGGCACGAUCCGGUUCGGAAGAACGUCUACUGGAACUGCUGACACCACUGAACGUGAACUGUCAUGCAAGUGAUGGUCGCAAAUCGACUCCACUCCAUCUGGCAGCCGGUUACAAUCGUAUACGGGUUGUGCAAAUACUGUUGCAGCAUGGGGCCGACGUUCACGCCAAGGACAAAGGUGGCCUUGUGCCACUACAUAAUGCCUGUUCCUACGGUCACUUUGAGGUGACUGAAUUACUGAUCAAGCACGGCGGGAACGUCAACGCCAAUGAUCUCUGGGCUUUCACUCCAUUGCACGAGGCGGCCUCGAAAAGCCGGGUAGAGGUAUGCAGUCUACUGCUUGCGGAGGGAGCUGAUCCGACGCUACUAAACUGCCAUAACAAGUCGGCUAUCGAUUCGGCGCCGACACGCGAACUGCAGGAGAAAAUUACAUAUGAAUACAAAGGACACUGUGUUCUGGAUGCUUGUCGUCAGGCGGAUAUUCAACGACUAAAAAAGAACCUCACCGCCGAGACAGUCAACUUCGUACAUCCGUACAGUGGAGAUACACCGUUGCACGCAGUAGCUCAUUCCGUGUACCCGAAGCGGAAACAAGUUCUCGAGAUUUUGAUUCGCAAGGGUGCUUUGUUGAAUGAGAAAAAUAAGGACUUCUUGACGCCACUGCACAUUGCAGCUGAUAAUUCCCAUUACGAGAUUAUGGACGUACUUCUACGUCACGGUGCCAAGGUGGAUGCACUCGAUGGACUCGGCCAAACAACACUACAUCGUUGCGCUCGAGAGGAUAACAUUCAAGCUUGUCGACUGUUGUUAUCGUAUAACAUCGAUAUUAGCAUUGUAUCCCUGCAGGGGUACACUGCUGCCCAGUUGGCGACGGAAAAUGUGCUUAAAAUUCUACAGGACCCUCCUUCCGACACAGUCGAUCUAGAGUGCCAACUAUUGGAAGCGGCCAAAGCCGGUGAUCUGGAUACGGUUCGACGGAUUGUGCUGUCUAAUCCGAUGACUGUCAAUUGUCGUGAUCUUGACGGACGGCACUCAACUCCACUGCAUUUCGCUGCCGGAUAUAAUCGCGUUCCGGUGGUGGAGUUUCUGCUGGAACACGGUGCCGAAGUUCACGCCUCAGACAAAGGCGGAUUGGUUCCGCUGCACAAUGCCUGUUCCUAUGGGCACUACGAGGUGACCGAACUGCUGGUGAAACAUGGAGCCAAUGUUAAUGUAGCGGAUUUGUGGAAGUUUACCCCGCUGCACGAAGCCGCCGCCAAGGGGAAGUACGAGAUUGUCAAGCUGCUCAUUAAGCACGGAGCUGACGUAACGAAAAAGAACCGUGACGGAGCAACUCCACUGGAUUUGGUACGCGAAGGUGACCAAGAUGUAGCGGAUCUGCUCCGCGGUAACGCAGCACUUUUGGAUGCAGCCAAGAAGGGUAACCUGGCUCGCGUUCAACGACUCGUUGCUCCAGAUAAUAUCAAUUGUCGUGAUGCUCAAGGCAGAAACUCAACUCCACUUCAUUUGGCAGCUGGUUAUAAUAAUUUGGAAGUGGCUGAAUAUCUUCUAGAACAUGGCGCCGAUGUGAACGCACAGGACAAAGGUGGAUUGAUUCCGCUGCACAAUGCUUCUUCCUACGGGCAUUUAGAUAUCGCAGCUCUGUUGAUCAAACACAAUACCGUGGUAAAUGCUACGGACAAAUGGGGUUAUACCCCGUUGCACGAGGCAGCUCAGAAGGGCCGUACUCAACUGUGUUCAUUACUCCUCGCUCACGGUGCCGAUCCGUUCAUGAAAAACCAGGAAGGUCAAACCAGUUUGGAUCUGGCAACUGCCGAGGAUGUUAAAUGUCUUCUGCAAGAUGCUAUGGUGGCAUCACAAGCAUCGACGGCUGCUGGCGGUAGUUCGGGGAUUGCCAGUAACACUCUGAUGGCAACUGCUUGUUCACCGACCACUGAAACCGUGACAUUGCCAACGGGUGCUUCCAUGACCCUAUCGGUACCAGUGCCACAACUUCCUAUUCGUAGCUGCCUCAGCCCAGCCCAGGGUGCCGAAACCAACGUCGACGGUGUCGUUAUAGACGACGACAAAAUGCAAAAUGUGGUAUCAAUCGAAUCGUCCGUGUCCGCGUUCCUCGCCAGUCUUCAGCUGGACCAUUUGAUUGACCUACUCGAACGGGAACAAAUCACGAUGGACAUACUGGCUGAAAUGGGUCACGAAGAUCUGAAGCAGGUUGGCGUUUCUGCGUACGGCUUCCGUCAUAAAAUUCUAAAGGGUAUCGCCACACUGCGUGCCACCACAGGUCUUGGACUAACUCCGAACCCGGGAACUCUACUGGUUGAUCUACUUCCCGAUGACAAAGAAUUUCUUGUCGUCGAAGAAGAAAUGCAAGCGACUAUCAGAGAACAUCGAGAUAACGGCCACUCGGGUGGCUUUUUCACUCGGUACAAUAUUGUCAGAGUACAAAAAGUACAAAAUCGGAAACUUUGGGAACGAUAUGUUCACCGGCGUAAGGAAAUCUCGGAAGAAAAUGGUCACCAGGCAAGCGAACGGAUGUUGUUCCACGGUUCACCGUUUAUCAAUGCCAUUGUGCAGAAGGGAUUCGACGAGCGGCAUGCCUACAUUGGCGGUAUGUUCGGGGCCGGUAUUUAUUUUGCCGAGCACAGUUCCAAAUCGAACCAGUACGUUUACGGAAUCUGCGGUGGCAUUGGUUGUCCCGCUCAUAAGGAUAAAUCAUGUUAUCAGUGUCAUAGACAAUUACUGCUUUGUCGUGUGGCAUUGGGAAAAUCGUUCCUGCAGUUCAGUGCAAUGAAGAUGGCCCAUGCACCGCCCGGGCAUCAUUCCGUCAUCGGACGACCCUCGGCUGGGGGCUUACAUUUUCCGGAGUAUGUCGUUUAUCGCGGUGAACAGGCGUACCCUGAAUACCUGAUUACAUAUCAGAUCAUGAAGCCGGACGACACGGCCGGUUCCGAGGAGCCAGCAAGAUGAUGGACAAUUUCCGCAGUCAACAACAUCGGUCAGAACAAUAACAUACUCUUUGCUAGCAGUAGUACGACCACCACCACCACCAGCGGCAGCAGCAGCAGCAAUAGCAGCGGAAGCAACAGUAACAACAAUAACAACAACGGCAGUCCUAGUAUCGGCAGCAGUUCCACUACGAUUGCAGCAGUACAUACGUCCAGCUUCACCCGUAUUCGAUCGACUACGCGAUCGACAAUGGCUAAAGCGACUGCGGUGCGGUUGUCCACCGGAAAGAAAUUCAGUCAACUGCUUAUUAUUACACCGGCGGUCGUAAUCGAUACCAGCAACGACGACGGCUAUGUUGGUCCCUUCAACUCGCAUGACAGUGGCUGUGGUAGUAGUGGAAGUGAUGCUAGUUUGGAAAGCAACCAAGGCAACGAACCGGUGACUGGCAAUAGAAUUAGAAGCGACGGGAACAACAACGAUAAGUCGAAUCGAUCCAAACUGUUGCCUAAAGCGAGGCAACAAUUCGGAGCUAAAGUUGCUCCAUCAUCAUCAUCAUCAUCAUCAUCAUCGACAUCGACCGGAUGUGGUAAUGGCGGCCAGGGUCAUUCCUGGCGUUGGUGUUCGAUUAUUUGCUCAGCUGUGCGGUGCUUUCGGGAUGCCUCCCAUACCCAACAGCAUUUCGGGCCAAUUCGUUAUAGUUCACAUGGUGGGGAUGCGUCAGCUGGUUGCGAAAAUUCCAUUAGACACCCACUUACCGGCAGUAACCCUCCUAAUACAAUGGGGCGCCGCAGCAGUAGAUUCAACAGUAAUCACAUCUAUGAAUAUACUAUCAAAAGUUAUCGAUCGUCUAGAUCGACCGAGCAUGAUCGCGUUAAUAACAAUAAUAGUAACAGUAUCAAUAGUACCGGAAAUCACUCCGAAAAUGUAACCAGCGAUAAGGCCAACAUCAUGUACAAGUUGUGACAGAAUUCAAGCGUAUCGAAGAAAUUCUGCUAUUCGCUAGUACUCUGGUUGUCGCUCAAACGGAACCAGCAAUUAAAUGUAACACAAUACUGCCAUCUACUAUCUGCUGUAUUUUCUGGAUUGUUUGACGCUUUCAAGGGCAAUAUAUUCAGUGCCGCAUAUACCUUACAACAUAACAAUAGCAUUAGUUUAUUUAUCAACUGGAAUUCAUUGGAAAAAUCAUAAAUUGCCAUCAUAGCCGCACAAAAAGUCCAUUUAUAGUGACUGCUUUUUUAAUGUUAGAACAAUUAUUACCGCUUGAUUUCUCACAUUACCCAAUCAUGACUUUAUUUCGCUAAUAACGUAAUUUGUGCAACUUUAUAAAUUUAGCGUCAAAGCCGUUUUCCGUUAAAUAUUGAAUACGAAUUAAAGUUUGCUUUGAAACAUCGAAAACACUUUUCCCGUAGAUUUCAAACAGUAGAUAAAAUACUUUAAUACUGUUGAUUUUGCACAUGUUAAGCUUGGUUUUUUUGAACAAAAACUGAUUGAUUUAGGACGUAAAAUUUGCAUACCUGAACGCAUAUUUCCCCCACCGUAUGGAUCGGAACGGUCCGACCGACUAGCAAAGAGCUCUGACCCGUGCAAUAAUGAAAUGCGCAAAAGCAAGAGUACUUACGACUUGAUGCGACCCAUGAUAUGCUAUUUUUGUUUUGUUUUACCUUUUUUUCGUUUUGUUGUAAUUUUACAUUCAAGAGAUUUGUGAAUACUAUAAGCAAGUUCCACGAACGCAUCCGCAAUUAUAUGAACCACAUUUAACAAGUGAAAGUUCGAAAGACAUUUUGUGAGCAACUAUCUAUCCUCUAUAUUAGUAAGUAUAUCAACAAAAAUUAUAUCAUAUAAAAUACGCGAACUCGAUCGACAAACGACGCGGCAUGGUGAAAAUGCUGACGACUGUAUUUUUUUUGUUAGAGUAAUAAAUCAUGAUGCAGGUGCAUAAUAUAAAAAA